AUGGAACCGUCUCCUUCUCUUUCCACAAUUUUCCGUUACCUUUUUGAUCCAAUAAAGAAAUUUCUAGCUUCUGAUGCAGUGCCUGGUUUCGUUUCCACUACUUUUCAUAAGUUUUUAGAGCUAAUAAAGAAAGUUAUGGUUUCUGAUGCAGUUUCUGAUUACAUCCAUACAAUUUCAGAGCUAAUAAAGAAAUUUAUGGCUUCUGAUGUAGUCUCUGAUUUCAUCCCUAAGCUUUCAGAUGUAAUUCAGAAAAUUAUGGCUUCUGAAGCAGUGUUUUAUGUGGUCACCUGGUUUACGAAAGAAAACGCUACUACACUUUUUGCAGUGGUAGUGAUGGGUCUCCUGAUUUAUAUUUGCUGCAACUGCCUUCCUAUGACGAAAAUUGCAGGUAAAACAAUGAAAGCACCAGGGCAGAGUUUUCGCAUACUAAGGAAAGCGUUUGAAGCAAAUCCUUCUGCCUAUUUCAAGAACUUGCGCGGCAAGUAG